GCGAGCUCGGUACAGUCUGUGUUUAUCACUGUGACUCUCCGCCCUCGGUGCUGCUUCCGGCUCCGCCCCGGACACUCAGGGAGUCCCGGGAGAGGGGGUCGGUAUGAGGAGAUCCCGGGGAGCACGGCCAUCGCCAUGAAGAAUCCGGGGCAGCCCGAGGGGGGCAAGGGAGCUGUGCAACCCCCAAGCAACCAGGACAACGAUAACCGUGUGUAUUCAUGUGAUCACGUCCAGUUAAAGGUCCCUCUCAUCCAGCAGUCAUUUCACUGGGAUUGUGGUCUAGCAUGUGCCCGCAUGGUACUACAGUACCUGAAACUCCUGCGUGAGGAAGACUUUCAGAAUGCCAUGCAGAAGUUGCACCUUACUAAGAGCAUAUGGACCAUUGACCUGGCCUACCUUAUGCACCAUUUUGGGGUCCAGCAUCGUUUCUGCACACAGACACUAGGUGUAGAUAAAGGAUACAAGAAUCAGUCCUUCUACAGGAAACAUUUUGAUGCAGAGGAGAACAGAGUAAAUCUACUAUUUGCCCAAGCCAAAUCUCGCGGAGUACAUGUGGAGAAAUGCACUGUGACCAUACAGGACUUGCAAGAUCACCUUUCCCAGGGACAUGUAGCCAUUGUACUAGUGAAUGCGGUGGUGCUGCUGUGUGACUUGUGCCCCAGCCGUGUCAAGUACUGCUGUUUCCUUCCUAUAGGGCAGAAAUGCUUCUGUAGAAGCAGUGACUACCAGGGACAUUUCAUUGUUUUAUGUGGAUAUAACAAAAGCUCUGGUAGCUUGUUCUACAACAACCCAGGAUAUGCCGAUAGGCUGUGUCGUACAAGUGUGACAAAUUUUGAGGAAUCUCGCAGGAGCUAUGGCACUGAUGAGGACAUCUUGUUCAUCUAUGUGGCAAGUUGACCUCUUACUUGUGCCCAUAAUGGGGCGCAUGCUUUCUCAGGAUUAAGAUACUUACUGAGCAGAACAUUCUCUGCAUUCCUUGGUAUUUCAAAGACAUUUCAUUGGAGAGAUUUCAUUGGACACAAAACUCUGUGAAGCAGAAUUGCACUCUAAUCACACCUCCACCAGACAAAUAUAUGUAAUAUUUAAAAAAAACAAUAUUAUUUCGGGGUGGAUAGUGUAGUAUGGCAUAGUUUGUAUAUUUGCACAGUAAGCUCAGAUUGUCUCAUUGUUCUUCUGGUUUAGCCUAUUUUAAGAUAAGAUUGCUUUAUUGACAGUCACUGUCGAGCUCCCUCAGCCAUUGUAGUUCCAGUGGAAGCCAUUUUUAAUGGACCACCUGCAACCUAGGGUUUGAGGGCACUGACUCUUAUGAGAUAAGAACUGAUAACUUAAGGAAUGAAAAUAAAUUACCUGUAUGCAUUUAAGUGAUUAUUUCAUUAGUCAGAAGUAUUUACUUUUUUUUUUUAACAGAAACUUCAGGUUUUGUGAAGUAGAUCUGGAAACACACAGGGUAUUUAAAGGACUUUUUAGAAGGUGUUACACGAAAUUAAAUACAGUUAAUUAACUAGCCCUCAAGUCAGGUCAUAUAUGAUUAAACAAGAUAGUCAAAUAUUUAAUUAGGCAUUAAAUUAUUGCUUCAGCCUGUGCAACCACCAAAUCUGUGGUCAGUCUAUCAAAUCCUACCAUGACAGCUGCACUUGAGUACAAAAAUUGCUUUUGUCUGCCCAACACCCUAAAAUGCAUUCGUCUUGGCUAUUGUUUAGCGAGCUAGAGUUAAACUGAGAACACGCUGACCUAUAGCAGUUAUAGCACCUACCAUGAGUCCGCAGGCAUGCAAAGCAACACUGUGGGGGGGGGAGGAGACUUCCUUUUCUGAUGCAACCAAACCACAAAACUUCACUAGUCCAUUUAUAAUAAAAGAUUUUAUAUAUCA